CGCACGUCCGGCCACUGUGGAGCCUUCGAGAAGUGUCGCGAUGCUGCCGGAACUGAACAUAUAAUGCAGUCAUGCGUCAUUGAUAUAUAGGCCGUCUCCCCCGAGGCCAUUCAGUCUGUAUUUGGAGGCUGCUGCUUUCUUGUAACUAUCGACGACCAUGGCGUCAAGAUCAUUACUCAAUCGAACUCGGCUACUCCGGGCACCGAGCUUACCAUCAUCAAGCCGACUACUCUCCCCUACCAAAAUAUUACGAUUCCCAGCGCAUUCGCCAGCAAUUCCUGCGCUGACCGCUGGAUUCCGAGCCGUCCCAGUCCGCAACUAUGCAAACGGCCGACCUCACCCUCCAGGCGGCACUCACCGCAUGAACCUGGGAGGAGAACCUGAGAAGUCGGCGUUGGAACAAUACGGCAUCGAUCUCACUGCUCGAGCUAAGGCUGGAAAACUCGACCCAGUUAUCGGAAGAGACUCCGAAAUCCAUCGAACAAUCCAGGUGCUGUCGAGGCGAACGAAGAACAAUCCUGUUCUUAUCGGUGCUGCGGGUACUGGUAAGACAGCUAUUUUGGAGGGACUGGCACAGAGGAUUGUGCAGGGAGACGUCCCCGAGAGCAUCAAAAACAAGCGUGUCAUCGCCUUAGACCUCGGUUCACUUAUUGCAGGUGCAAAAUUCAGAGGUGAUUUCGAAGAGCGUUUGAAAGCCGUUCUCAAAGAGGUCGAGGAUGCUCAAGGCGGCAUCAUUCUCUUUGUCGACGAGCUUCAUACUCUUCUCGGCCUGGGAAAGGCUGAGGGGAGCAUCGAUGCUAGCAACCUCCUGAAGCCUGCCCUGUCUAGAGGCGAGCUGCAAUGUUGUGGUGCUACGACUCUCAAUGAGUACAGACUGAUCGAGAAGGAUGUCGCCCUUGCCCGACGGUUCCAACCCAUUCAAGUCGGUGAGCCGUCAGUUCCCUCCACGAUCUCAAUCCUACGUGGUAUCAAGGAGAAGUACGAAGUCCAUCAUGGUGUUAGAAUUACGGAUGCGGCUCUUGUCGCUGCUGCAACAUACAGCAAUCGUUAUAUUACAGACCGUUUUCUUCCCGACAAAGCCAUUGACCUGGUGGAUGAGGCAGCAUCAGCACUCCGGUUGCAACAGGAGUCGAAACCCGAUGUUAUUCGCGAACUAGACCGCGAUAUUACGACCAUCCAAAUUGAGCUCGAAUCUCUCCGCAAAGAGACAGACAUUGCAAGCCGUGAACGCCGCGAAAAACUCGAAGAGACGUUAAAGGGCAAAUGGGAGGAAUCUAAAAAACUAACCGAAGUUUGGGAGAAGGAGAAGUCAGAAAUCGAAGCUCUUAAACGGACGAAAGAGGAAUUGGAGCGUGCGCGGUUUGAGCUUGCACGAGCGCAGCGAGAGGGGAAUUUCGCUAAGGCUGGAGAAUUGAGGUACUCCACGAUCCCUACCCUCGAGGGCAAAUUACCAAAAGAAGGGGAAGAACAGGGUGAUCGCCAAGGCUUGAUCCAUGAUUCUGUCACAGCUGAUGACAUUGCUAAUGUCGUCUCCCGCACGACCGGCAUUCCAGUUAAUAAGCUUAUGGCCGGUGAAGUGGAGAAGUUAAUCCACAUGGAGGAGACGUUGCGACAGUCUGUCCGUGGACAGGAUGAGGCGCUCUCCGCGGUUGCAAAUGCGGUACGGAUGCAAAGAGCUGGUCUUAGUGGCGAAAACCGGCCCUUGGCGUCGUUCAUGUUCCUUGGACCUACUGGUGUUGGAAAAACAGAGCUUUGCAAGAGAAUGGCAGAGUUCCUAUUUUCUACCGAGACUGCUGUCGUGAGAUUUGACAUGAGUGAAUUCCAAGAGAAGCACACGAUUAGCCGUCUAAUUGGUUCCCCUGCGGGUUAUGUUGGAUAUGACGAUGCUGGCCAGCUCACUGAGGCUGUGAGACGCAAGCCGUAUGCUGUUCUCUUGUUUGAUGAAUUCGAGAAAGCACAUCGUGAUAUCUCUGCCCUAUUACUUCAAGUUCUCGACGAAGGUUUCCUUACAGAUGCUCAGGGACACAAAGUCGACUUCCGGAAUACCCUUAUUGUCCUGACGUCCAAUCUCGGAGCCGAUAUCCUUGUGGGCGAAGACCCGUUGCACAAGAUUAGUGACUCGGGGUCCGGAGAGCUGUCCGCGGACGUCAAGAGCGCGGUCAUGGACGUGGUGCAAGGCGCGUAUCCUCCGGAAUUUCUCAAUCGGAUCGACGAGUUCAUCAUCUUCAAAAGACUUUCUCGGGAAGCUCUCAGGGAUAUUGUCGACAUCAGACUCAGGGAGCUUCAAUCGAGGCUGGAUGAUCGUCGGAUGACUCUGAAGGUAGAUGAUGAGAUCAAGGGUUGGCUCUGCGAGAGGGGCUAUGACCCGAAGUAUGGUGCUCGACCACUCAACCGUUUAAUCGCGAAGGAGAUUGGAAACAGACUGGCUGAUAAGAUCAUCCGUGGAGAAAUCACUUCCGGGCAAUCUAUCCACGUCUGUUUCAAUGCAGACAAGACUGGACUUGAAGUUUCAGCGGAGGCAUAAGGCUGUCUAGGCAGCUAGUGAAUGGUGUUUAAUAUUGCAUAUCUUUUGGGUAUAUCGGGCUUGGAGUUUAUGGGGUGUGGGGUAUGGGGGCAUGUUAUUCUGUAAACUGGGGUCUCAAUCUUGCAUAUGAAUCUCCUCUCAUGUAUACAUAUAGAUGCCACUAUACAGACUUUCUAUGAGACUUUCCUCUUCUGGAAGCCACCACUUUAAGA